AUGGCCGCACCGCCCACCACUUCCUUCACCAUUGGCACCCGCGCGUCCAAGCUGGCCCUGGUCCAGACGGACGCGGUGAAAGAUGCCCUCAAGGCGGCCUUCCCCCACUAUGACUUCCGCGUCUUCUCCAAGGAGACCGCCGGCGACCUGAGCAUGAUUGCGCUGCGCGAAUUCACCUCCAAGAACCUGUGGACCGAGGAAUUGGAGGAAUUGAUGAUGGCCGGCCAGGUCGACUUCAUCGUGCAUUCAUUGAAAGAUGUCCCCACCAACCUCCCUCCCUCCUGCACCCUCGGUCCGAUGAUGCCGCGCGAAGACAGCAGAGACGUUCUCGUGGUCAAGCAAGGGCUGCCCUACAAGAGUCUAUCGGAGAUCCCCGCCGGCUCGGUGGUCGGCACCUCGUCCAUCCGGCGCACGGCGCAAUUGGCGCGCAAUUACCCUCAUCUGAAGGUGCAAGAUGUCCGCGGCAAUAUCAAUACUCGUCUCGCCAAGCUGGAUGCGGAUGAUAGUCCCUACACUUGCAUCAUUCUGGCGGCGGCUGGUCUGCUGCGCGUUGAUCUGGGGGAUCGUAUCACGCAAUACCUUGACUCGAAGAACGGCGGCAUGCUUUACGCGGUUGGACAGGGUGCUCUUGGGAUUGAGAUCCGCAAGGAUGACCAUGCUCUGCGAGAGAUUCUGGCCAAGAUUGAAGAUCGGGAUACGACGCUUGCUUGUUUGGCGGAGCGCAGUCUGCUGCGCACCCUGGAGGGUGGCUGCAGUGCUCCGCUGGGAGUUGAGACGGAGUGGGAGCAAAGCUCCGAGGGGCCCCGGCGGUUGAGGAUGAGGGCAAUCGUGGUCAGCGUGGACGGCAAGGAAUCUGCCGAGAUAGAGUUGUCUGGCGAGGUCGAUUCGCCCGACACCGCCGAGGCUCAUGGUGUCGCUGUCGCCCAGGCUUUGGUGGACGGGGGCGCCGGUAAGAUCCUUGAAGCUAUUCAGCAGAAAAAAGUAGCCAAAGAGGCCGUCUCUGUUUAA